AGAAUCAGAGAUCGCGACGUUACGUCGUCGCCAUUUUGUUUCACCGGGAGUAAAGAAAUCAACCUGAAAAGCACCGGCCGUGAAUAUUUUCCUUUAUUUGAAGCACAUUCAACACGGCGGAUAAGCACCGUGCACCCAAGUUUAGAUUCGCAUGAUGUCUGGAGACAUGGCCACAGAUCAUGUAAACGGGAAUGGUACGGAGGAACCAAUGGACACUACCACAGAGGCAGAGGUGACCCGCUCAGAACACUUCCCAGCUUUACUAGAGGCUGGUUUACCUCAAAAUGUUGCUGAGAAGCUGGAUGAACUUUACGUAGCAGGCCUGGUAGCACAUAGUGACCUAGACGAAAGGGCUCUUGAAGCUUUGAAAGAAUUCAAUGAGGACGGAGCCCUGCAAGUGCUGCUCCAGUUCAAAGAGAGUGACCUGUCACAUGUGCAAAACAAAAGUGCCUUUCUCUGUGGGGUGAUGAAGACUUACAGGCAGAGGGAGAAACAAGGGACUAAAGUUUCAGACUCCACUAAAGGACCAGAUGAGGCCAAAAUCAAGGAACUCCUGGAGAGAACCAACUACACACUCGAUGUAACAACAGGCCAACGAAAGUAUGGCGGGCCCCCACCUGAGUCUGUGUACACGGGCGCCCAACCCAAUGUUGGAACAGAGAUUUUUGUCGGGAAGAUUCCCCGCGACUUGUUUGAAGACGAGUUGGUUCCCCUCUUUGAGAAGGCUGGACCCAUCUGGGACCUGAGGUUAAUGAUGGACCCACUCAGUGGUCUGAACAGGGGCUACGCCUUCGUCACGUUCUGCACUAAAGAAGCCGCCCAGGAGGCUGUGAAGCUGUGCAAUAAUCAUGAGAUCCGCCCUGGCAAGCACAUUGGGGUGUGUAUAUCUGUCGCCAACAACAGGCUAUUCGUUGGCUCCAUUCCCAAGAGUAAAACAAAGGAACAGAUUGUUGAAGAGUUUGGCAAAGUCACAGAGGGCCUCAGUGAUGUCAUACUUUACCAUCAACCUGACGACAAGAAGAAGAACCGAGGCUUCUGCUUCCUGGAGUACGAAGACCACAAAACGGCUGCUCAGGCUCGCCGCCGGCUAAUGAGCGGCAAGGUGAAGGUUUGGGGCAACGUGGUGACGGUGGAGUGGGCCGAUCCCAUCGAAGAUCCCGACCCAGAGGUCAUGGCCAAGGUGAAGGUUUUAUUUGUGAGAAAUCUUGCCAAUGGGGUCACAGAGGAGAUCCUGGAGACGUCCUUCAGUGAGUUUGGAAAACUGGAGCGAGUUAAGAAGCUCAAAGACUACGCCUUCAUUCACUUUGAAGAGAGGGACGGUGCAGUGAAGGCGUUGGAAGAAAUGAAUGGGAAGGAGCUGGAGGGAGAGCCGAUUGAGAUCGUCUUCGCCAAACCACCAGAUCAGAAAAGGAAGGAGCGCAAGCAACAGAGGCAAGCAGCCAAAACACAAAUGUAUGAUGACUAUUACUACUAUCCUCCUCCUUCCCACAUGCCGCCUCCUGUCAGAGGUCGGGGCAGAGGCGGCAACCGGGGCGGCUAUGCCGCUUACCCCCCUGACUACUACGGCUACGAGGACUACUACGACUACUACGGCUAUGACUAUCACAACUACCGCGGCGGCUACGACGACCCCUACUACGGCUACGACGACUUCCAGGCGCCAAGCCGAGGACGCGGCGGCAACCGGGGCUCCCGGGGAGGAUCCUCACCGGCCAGAGGGCGUGGCGGCGUCGGGGCACCCAGAGGCAGGGCCAACUUCUCCCAGCGGGGCGGGCCCGGACCGGGCCGCGGCGUGCGGGGAGCAAGAGGAGGCGUGCCGCCAAGAGGGCGCGGAGGGGUACGUGGUGCUCGGGGUGGCCGCGGUGGAAAUGUAGGAGGAAAGCGCAAAGCUGAUGGGUACAACCAGCCAGAUUCCAAGCGUCGCCAGACCAAUAAUCAGAACUGGGGCUCUCAACCCAUUGCUCAGCAACCGCUCCAGGGUGGUGAUCAUUCUGGUAACUAUUCCGGUUACAAAUCCGACAACCAGGAAUUUUAUCAGGAUUCUUUUGGGCAACAGUGGAAGUAAACCAGUAGGGCUUUGAUAACAAAAUACGUGUUUAUUGUUUUUGUUUUUGUCAUUUUAUUUAGAGACUUGAUCUGAUUGGCCCUCUAUCCCGUACGGUUGCCUGCAUUUUUCCUCAAAAUUGGGUGACAUCUGGCAAGAUAUCUUUUUGUACAUAUUUUAAUAAUCCGCUUGGACUCGAACCGUAGUCACACUCCCACCUGUUUCUGGCAACUGGUUUUCUUUUAUUCAUUUUUUUUUUUCUUCUUUUUUUAAGAUGGUCGUUUUAAAGAUUUCCCAUACCAACGUUUGGAAAAAAUUUUAGAUGCAAAUAUGUGCUCGAGCUGUCUAUUUGGCUUAUAGCUUUAUGUAUGUUUUUAGAGAUUCUGGUUUCCAUGUUUUAAUUAGCUAACAGCAACAAAGCAUAUGUCUCCUAAACAUGUAUUUAAAACAAAUGAAAAUACAAUUUGUAUUGUCACAAAGUAAUGCGUGUCUUGUUAUUGAAAGAAAAAAAAAAAAAAAAGGGACCGGUAGUCCUAUUUUUUGGCUUUACAUUUUGGCUUGUAUUCUUUGCUGUUUGUCUGCUUUAAUAAAAUACACGCACACGUGUACAAAAACUUCAAA